AUGACCGUUAAUAACGACCCGAGCUGCACACAGGACGGCGACGGAGCCAGGCUGGGGCGCCGGGGGGCAGUCAGCCUGUGGGGCUCAGUGCGCCGGGGGACCGCCGGCGGGGGUCUCACCCUGCCCCCCCCCCAGGUGGCGGUGUUUUUCGGGGGCCUGUCCAUCAAGAAGGACGAGGAGGUGCUGAAGAAGAACUGCCCCCACAUCGUGGUGGGGACGCCGGGCCGGAUCCUGGCCCUGGCGCGCAACAAGAGCCUCAACCUCAAACACAUCAAGCACUUCAUCCUGGACGAGUGCGACAAGAUGCUGGAGCAGCUCGAUAUGCGCCGGGACGUCCAGGAGAUCUUCCGCAUGACCCCGCACGAAAAGCAGGUCAUGAUGUUUAGCGCCACCCUGAGCAAGGAAAUCCGCCCCGUCUGCCGCAAAUUCAUGCAAGACCCCAUGGAGAUCUUCGUGGACGACGAGACGAAGCUGACGCUGCACGGCCUGCAGCAAUACUACGUCAAGCUGAAGGACAAUGAGAAGAACCGCAAGCUCUUCGACCUGCUCGAUGUGCUGGAGUUCAACCAGGUGGUGAUCUUCGUCAAGUCGGUGCAGCGCUGCAUCGCGCUGGCCCAGCUGCUGGUGGAGCAGAACUUCCCGGCCAUCGCCAUCCACCGGGGCAUGCCCCAGGAGGAGAGGCUGUCCCGCUACCAGCAGUUCAAGGAUUUCCAGCGCCGGAUCCUGGUGGCCACCAACCUCUUUGGGCGGGGGAUGGACAUCGAGCGGGUCAACAUCGCCUUCAACUACGACAUGCCCGAGGACUCGGACACCUACCUGCACCGGGUGGCGCGCGCCGGGCGGUUCGGCACCAAGGGCCUGGCCAUCACCUUUGUGUCGGAUGAGAACGACGCCAAGAUCCUGAACGACGUGCAGGAUCGCUUCGAGGUGAACAUCAGCGAGCUGCCCGACGAGAUAGACAUCUCCUCCUACAUUGAACAGACCCGAUAAGGGGCGUCCUCGACACUCCUCGUCCCGCGUCGUCAUCCUUCUUUUGGUGGUUUUAACCCCUCCCCCCCACACCCCGUUUCAUUUCCACGCGACCCCGAGAGCCGACGAGGAGGAUGGAGAAGACGGCCCAGGCCCUGCCCCCGCCCUGGGACCGCAGCCCUGACAGACUUCUGGGGGGGGCGGGACGGGGGCGGGAGAACCAUUGGAAGAGGGGACUGGAGCAGUGGGGGGCAUCAGGACAGCAGGGUUUACCCUGUCCUGCCCUGCUGUGGGAGGAGGAUCCCCUUCACCCACCAGCUGUGGGAAGCAUCCCACAGCUCCCACCAAUGAUCCCUGACCUUUGUUAGCGCUGAUGGAAGGAUCCCACUGCUAACACCAACAAUCCCUGAACCCACUUCGCCAGGUGCGGGAUCCACCACCGACGAGCCCUGAUCCCUGGGCUGGCUUGCGGCACCUGAGGAGGAGGGAUCCUGCGCCUGUCGCCAGCGCCGCCCCGCCCCCUUCUCUCCCCGUCCUGUGAGAAUUUCAACACUAGCGCGUCCUUCGCUCCCGGCCGGGCUGGCACGGGCCCCUCCCCCCAGUCCCUGCCACUCGAGGCAAGUUUUUGUUUUUAUAGGAAAAAAAGAGAAAAUCCUGGGGAAAAAAAAGCCCCUCCCUCCCCCACCCCGCGUCCUUUCUUUUAUACCAAGGUUAGAGCCGGUUUUACCAGCGUCUUGCGGUUUUGUGCGUUUCCUCCUUUUUCGUUGUGUGCAUGGAGCGUCCGGGCCGCGCGGUGCCCUGCCGGGCCGGGCCAGCAGGCGCUGGGGGGCAGCGGUCGCGGGCAGCUUUGGGAACGUUGCCCUGACGAUGGAUUAAAA